GCGCGGCUGCGAGAGAAAAAAAGCGUUGGGACGCGUCUCAGAGGUGAAGUCAAUCGCUGGAGACGUUACCAUGAAAAAGGUGACAGGGAAUAAAUAAGGCAACGAGAUAAACGGCGGCUUGGAAGCCGUGCUGCUCGAGGCAUAGAAGAGCAGUCUGUUACCCCAACCUCAGCUUAAAGAAUAAAAGUGUGAGAGCAAAUCAGAGGAAUCGAACAUCCGGAGAACAAACACCUCACAAAACGGCUCCUUCACACGGGCUUUUCUUGGAUACGUUGAAGCAAGCCGUCGGCUUUGGUGGGGUUAAAGCCUUCAGCCUGGAGAUAGGUUGAUGUAGGCAUUUAACGGAGUGGAACUCAGCUGUGGUGCUCACUGGCCAAUAAAGCGCGUGUUUAAUGAGGGAAACUCGCCUCUUUGCCACAGGCUGAGCACCUGCGUUGUGACUCCGGCUGGAAGCUGUGCAACAUGACCGCGUUUCCUCAAUGGGACGGCUUAAUCUUGGCUGACGGCGGUUUCCUAGAAACAUGAUUGCUUGCUGGUCUUGAUCUCACAGCUUUGUGAAGACUUCUUCUCUGAUAAUGUCAAGUUCAGGCUACCCUCCUAACCAAGGAGCAUUCAGCACAGAGCAGAGUCGUUACCCUACCCACUCUGUCCAGUACACCUUCCCCAGCACCCGACACCAGCAGGAAUUUGCAGUUCCCGAUUAUCGCUCGUCUCACCUGGAAGUCAGUCAGGCAACACAACUCUUGCAGCAGCAGCAGCAACAGCAGCAGCUUCGGCGCCGGCCUUCUUUGCUUUCAGAAUUUCACCCAGGCUCUGACAGGCCUCAGGAAAGGAGAACUGGAUAUGAACAGCAGUUUCAUCCAGGUCCAUCUCAGACAGAUCAUGAUUCACUGGAAUCUAAGCGACCACGUCUUGAACAAGUUUCUGAUUCCCAUUUUCAGCGUGUCAGUGCUGCUACUGUCUUGCCUUUAGUACAUCCUCUGCAGGAAGGGUUGAGAUCUGCAGACAUUAAGAAGGACCCAGGUUUUGGAGGAAAGCAUGAGGGACCAUCUUCUCCAAUUUCUGGUCAACCGUGUGGGGAGGACCAGAAUGCUUCACCUUCAAAGCUGUCAAAGGAAGAACUGAUACAGAGCAUGGACCGCGUGGAUCGUGAGAUUGCGAAGGUUGAACAGCAAAUCCUUAAGCUGAAGAAAAAGCAACAACAACUCGAAGAAGAAGCUGCUAAACCACCAGAGCCAGAGAGGCCUGUCUCCCCUCCUCCAGUGGAACAGAAGCACCGCAGUAUUGUCCAAAUUAUUUAUGAUGAAAAUCGGAAAAAAGCAGAAGAAGCUCACAAGAUUUUUGAAGGUCUUGGUCCCAAAGUUGAACUGCCGCUUUACAACCAACCAUCAGACACAAAAGUCUACCAUGAAAACAUCAAAACAAACCAGGUGAUGAGGAAAAAGCUAAUACUGUUUUUUAAAAGAAGAAAUCAUGCAAGGAAACAACGGGAACAGAAAAUCUGCCAACGCUACGAUCAGCUGAUGGAAGCAUGGGAGAAAAAAGUUGACAGGAUAGAAAAUAAUCCACGCAGGAAAGCUAAGGAGAGCAAAACAAGAGAGUACUAUGAGAAACAAUUUCCAGAAAUCCGGAAGCAAAGAGAACAGCAAGAACGAUUUCAGAGAGUUGGUCAAAGAGGGGCUGGACUUUCAGCAACUAUUGCUAGAAGUGAGCAUGAGAUUUCUGAAAUCAUUGAUGGGCUUUCUGAGCAGGAGAAUAAUGAAAAACAAAUGCGUCAGCUCUCAGUCAUUCCUCCCAUGAUGUUUGAUGCAGAACAGAGAAGAGUGAAGUUUAUUAAUAUGAAUGGUCUGAUGGAGGAUCCCAUGAAAGUUUAUAAGGACAGACAAUUCAUGAAUGUCUGGACGGACCACGAGAAAGAGAUUUUUAAAGAAAAGUUUGUCCAACAUCCCAAGAACUUUGGUCUAAUUGCUUCCUACCUGGAACGAAAGAAUGUUCCUGACUGUGUACUCUAUUAUUACUUGACUAAGAAAAAUGAAAACUAUAAAGCCCUUGUGCGAAGGAAUUAUGGUAAACGCAGAGGAAGAAACCAGCAACAAAUUGCUCGUCCUUCUCAAGAGGAAAAAGUAGAAGAAAAGGUAGAAGAGGAAAAAGCAGAAAAAGCAGACAAAAAAGACGAGGAAAAGAAAGAUGAGGAGGAAAAGGAUGAGAAGGAGGAAUCUAAAGAGAAUACCAAAGAAAAGGACAAAACUGAAGUUGCCACAGAGGAAACAGAGGAAAGGGAGCAGGCCACUCCUAGGGGCCGCAAAACUGCCAAUAGCCAGGGUCGUCGUAAGGGCAGAAUCACCAGAUCAAUGACAAAUGAAGCUGCACAAGCAAAUGCUGCUGCAGCUGCAGCCACUGAAGAACCACCACCGCCUCUUCCACCCCCACCAGAACCUUCUUCUUCAGAGCCUGUGGAGACAUCCCGCUGGACAGAAGAAGAAAUGGAAGUUGCUAAGAAGGGCCUUGUGGAACAUGGCCGCAACUGGGCAGCAAUUGCCAAAAUGGUUGGGACAAAAAGUGAAGCUCAGUGUAAAAACUUCUACUUCAACUAUAAAAGGAGACAUAACCUGGACAGUCUCCUUCAACAGCACAAACAGAAGUCCUCACGAAGGCCCCGUGAAGAGCGAGAUGUAUCACAGUGUGAGAGUGUAGCUUCGACUGUGUCAGCUCAGGAGGAUGAAGAUAUCGAAGCAUCUAAUGAAGAAGAGAAUCCAGAGGACAGUGAAGGUGCUGAAAAUAGUUCUGAUACUGAAAGUGCUCCAUCUCCAACUCCAGCAGAAACUGCUAAACCAACUGAAGAAACUCCAUCUGAGAGUGCUGCUCCAAAAAUGACCACUGAGGCGGCAGCAGAACAGGAAUCUACUGUUAAACCUGCAGCCAGCACAUCUCCCUCCGUAACAUCCCAAAGUGUAUCAACAGCUGAAAGUCAGACCUCUGAGCCACAGGUUAAGGAGGAAAUAAAUACUGAAGCUGAAGAACCUAUGGAGGUUGACAGUAGAAGCCAUCCAGUUGAAGCUAAGCCUGUGCUUAAUCUUCCAGUGCAUACCAAAGUUGAACCUGUAGAGACUGAAAUGAGGCUACCAGAAAAUAUUCAAGUAAAAAUAGAGAGUGAUACCAAAGAGAGAGAGGUGGAGAAGCCCAAGGAGAAGUCAGAACCUGAAGAAAUGGAUUAUAGUUUGUCACAACAGGUUAACUCAGCAAGACAAGAAUCCCAUUCAGAUAAUGAUUCGAGUGCCACGUGUAGUGCUGAUGAGGAAGUUGAUGGAGAGCCUGACAGACAAGGUAUCUUCAGGGAGUCAAAGCCCUCAUUGUUAAACCCAGCUGGAUCAAUACUGGUGUCACCUACAAUAAAGCAAGGGCAGAUGGACCUACAACAGCUUCACCACCGAGCAGCUGUCAUACCACCUAUGGUUUCUUGCAGUCCCUGUACUGUUCCUGUUGGAACUCCAGUGAGUGGUUAUGCUCUCUAUCAACGGCACAUUAAAGCAAUGCAUGAGUCAGCACUGCUGGAGGAGCAACGCCAGAGGCAGGAACAGCUGGACAUGGAGUAUCGAAGCUCUGUGAGCCCGUGUGGCACUUCCAAAAGCCCUAAUGUUGAGUGGGAAGGAAAACCAGUGGCCUAUAUGCCCUACGCUGAGGUCAAGCGAGCAAUAGAACAGGAAGCACAAGUGCAAACUACAGCAGCAAGGUCAGCAUCACCAUACAGGCUGUCUCCAAGAGAAGUCAAUAAAGCCUCUCCUCAGCCCGAUAUGAAUGCAGCUCGCUAUAGUGUCCCACCAGUUCUGCAGCCUGCUCCUCAUCAAGUAAUAACCAAUAUUCCUGAAGGAGUCCGACUUCCUACAACCAGACCUACCAGACCACCACCACCACUCAUUCCAUCCUCUAAAACAAGUGUGCCAUCAGAAAAACCUUCUUUCAUUAUGGGAGGCUCAAUCUCACAAGGAACACCUGGCACUUACUUAACAUCUCACAGUCAAGCUUCCUAUACGCAAGAAACAGCAAAGCCAUCAGUGGGUUCCAUAUCACUUGGACUGCCAAGGCAGCAGGAGUCAGCCAAAUCUGCUUCCCUGCCUUACAUCAAACAAGAAGAAUUUUCUCCCAGAAGUCAGAAUUCCCAACCUGAGGGACUCCUGGUCAGGGCACAGCAUGAAGGUGUUGUUCGAGGCACCACAACCAUACAGGAGGGAAGUAUAACACGAGGAACUCCAACCAAUAAAGUUUCUGUUGAGACCAUUCCUUCUUUGAGAGGCUCCAUAACUCAGGGUACACCAGCUCUGUCCCAGUCUGGCAUAGCAGCUGAUGCGUUACUGAAGGGGACGAUUACCCGGCUAGCUACAGAAGACAGCAGCCCAGAAAAGUGCCGAGAGGAAGCUUCAGCCAAAGGCCAUGUUAUUUAUGAAGGCAAAAGUGGGCAUAUUUUAUCUUAUGAUGCUAUUAAAAAUGUUCGUGAAGGAACAAGGAGCCCAAGAACUGCUCAUGAAAUUAGUUUAAAAAGAAGUUAUGAUACAAUGGAAGGAAAUAUAAAGCAAGGAAUGUCAAUGCGGGAGUCUCCAGUAUCUGCACCACUGGAAGGUUUAAUAUGCCGUGCACUGCCUAGGGGUAGCCCACAUGCUGAACUUAAAGAAAGAACAGUGUUGUCUGGCUCUAUAAUGCAAGGCACACCAAGAGCAACAUCUGAAAGUUUCGAGGAAGGCUUGAAAUACCCUAAACAGAUUAAGAGAGAGUCACCUCCCAUAAGGGCGUUCGAAGGAGCCAUCACUAAAGGGAAGCCGUAUGAUGGAGUCACUACCAUCAAAGAAAUGGGCCGUUCCAUCCACGAGAUCCCGAGGCAGGACCUGUUAAGCCAGGAGAGUUGCAAGACUCCCGAAAUCGUGCAGACAGCCAGGCCAAUCAUAGAAGGCUCCAUAUCUCAGGGCACACCCAUAAAAUAUGAAAGCAAUUCUGGCCAGUCUGCCAUCAAACACAAUGUAAAAUCGUUAAUCACUGGACCAAGCAAGCUGCCCCGUGGAAUGCCUCAGCUGGAAAUGGUGCCAGAAAAUGUGAAGGUGGUGGAGCGAGGAAAAUACGAAGAUGUGAAGACCGGGGAUGCAGUUCGUUCCCGUCACACGUCAGUAGUCAGCUCUGGUCCCUCUGUUCUCAGGUCAACUCUUCAUGAAACUCCUAAAUCACAACUGAGCCCUGGGAUUUAUGAUGAUACCAAUGCACGGAGAACACCUGUGAACUAUCAGAGUCCAAUGUCCAGGAGUUCACCUAUGAUGAAUAGAGUUAGUGAGGCUGGAAUAUCUUCUGGAAAGUCAGCAAAUCAUGAAAGGAAAAACACACUUACUCCCACACAGAGAGAGAGCGUGCCAGCAAAAUCUCCGGUCCCAGGGGUUGAUCCUGUAGUGGCUCACAGUCCUUUUGACCCUCAUCACAGAGGGGCUACUCCUGAAGUCUAUAGGAGUCACCUCCCUCCUCACUUAGAUCCUGCUAUGCCAUUUCACAGGGCUCUGGAUCCUGCUGCUGCUGCUUACCUGUUCCAAAGGCAGCUCUCACCCACCCCAGGCUACCCAAGUCAGUACCAGCUUUACGCAAUGGAGAAUACACGACAGACAAUCCUAAAUGACUACAUUACCUCACAGCAAAUGCAAGUCAAUUUACGUCCUGAUGUAACCAGAGGAUUAUCUCCCAGAGAGCAAACUCUAGCUCUGCCGUAUGCAGGAGCAAGAGGAAUUAUUGACCUGAACAAUAUGGCUCCCACUAUCUUAGUGCCUCAUCCUGGAGGAACGAGCACACCACCCAUGGAGAGAAUCACUUACAUCCCUGGUACUCAGCUUACAUUCCCCCCUAGGCCUUACAAUCCUGCCUCUCUGUCACCAGGACACCCUACACACCUGGCAGCUUCUGCAGCUGCAAAUGCUGAAAGGGAACGGGAAAGAGAGAGGGAGAAGGAGCGGGAAAGGGAGAGGGAACGAGAACGGGAGCGGGAAAGAGAACGGGAGCGAGAAAGGGAGAGAAUAACUUCAGUCCCUGCUGAGCUUUAUCUUCGACCAGGAACAGAGCAGCCUGGCAGACCUGGCAGUCAUGGAUAUGUUCGGUCCCCAUCCCCUUCAGUUAGAAGCCAGGAAAACAUACUGCAGCAAAGGCCUAGUAUUUUUCAAGGAACCAAUGGGACGAGCGUAAUCACACCUUUGGAUCCUGCUGCUCAGCUUCGUAUCAUGCAGCUCACUCCUGGAGCUCCCUCCAUAACUCAAGGUUUACCUGCUUCCCGCUACAAUACAGCUGCUGAUGCCCUUGCUGCACUAGUAGAUGCUGCAGCCUCUGCUCCUCAGAUGGAAGUUGCCAAAGCAAAAGAUACCAAGCACGAAGGAACCAGGAUAGAAGAGAAUGUGGGACGCAGAUCAGCUGUGGUUACUGAGCAGCAGCAGAUAGAGCAGAAAACACUGGAGGUAGAAAAGAGGGCUGUCCAGUGCCCCUAUACAUCUGCAAAUUUUUCUGGUGGCAAAUCCCAGGGACAGUCUUCAACAGUAGUCUAUUCAGAGGCUGGUAAAGAAAAAGGACCUCCUCCUAAAUCCAGGUACGAGGAAGAGCUGAGAACUCGAGGAAAGACCACAAUUACUGCUGCUAACUUCAUAGAUGUGAUCAUCACUCGACAGAUUGCUUCAGACAAGGAUGCACGAGAUAGGGGCUCUCAAAGUUCAGAUUCUUCCAGUAGUUUAUCUUCUCACCGGUAUGAAGCUCCUGGAGAUGCCAUUGAGGUGAUCAGUCCUGCAAAUUCACCUAUACCAACUCAAGAAAAGAUACAGCCCUACCAACAAGAGACACCUAAACCAAGCCAAGCAGAGGGUGACCCAAACAGGCAGUAUGAAGGGACGAUUCACCGUUACAGGGCACAACAGGAACCUCCUCCUUCACCCCAGCAACCUCCACCUCCUUCCUCCCAGGCUGAAGGGAUGGCACACGUGCCCAGGACGCACCGACUUAUCACCCUUGCUGAUCACAUCUGUCAAAUUAUUACACAAGACUUUGCUCGAAACCAGGCAGCUUCUCAGGCCUCUUUGCAGCCUCCCACCACUACAUUCCAGAACUCUACCCCAGCUCCAGCGCCUGUUUCUACCCGAGCAAAAACAUCAAAUCGCUACAGCCCCGAGUCACAGUCACAACCAGUCCACCAUCAGAGGCCAGGAGCCAGAGUGUCACCUGAAAAUCUGCCUGACAAGUCCCGGGGAAGACCUGGAAAGUCUCCGGAGAGGAGUCAUGUUUCCUCAGAGCCCUAUGAGCCAAUCUCACCCCCUCAGGUCCCCGUUGUACAUGAGAAACAGGAAAAUAUUCUAUUGCUUUCCCAAAGAGCUGAGCCUACUGAACAGAGGACUGACUCUCGCUCCCCGGGCAGUAUGAGCUACCUGCCUUCAUUUUUCACCAAACUUGAGAAUACUUCACCCAUGGUAAAAUCCAAGAAGCAAGAGAUAUUUCGAAAGCUGAACUCAUCUGGUGGAGGCGACGCUGACAUGGCAACUGCUCAGCCAGGGACUGAAAUAUUCAACUUGCCAGCAGUCACUACCUCAGGUGCAGUCAGUUCUAGGGGUCAUUCCUUUGCAGAUCCUGCCAGUAAUCUGGGUCUAGAAGACAUUAUUAGAAAAGCAUUGAUGGGAAACUUUGAUGACAAGAGCGAGGAUCAUGGAGUUGUAAUGUCACAAUCCAUUGCAGUAGCACCUGGCAAUUCCAGUGCUGUGGGAUCAGCAAGCAAUGAGACACGCAGGGAAGAAGCCAAUCCAUCACCCAAUUCAGGAGGGGGAGUCAGCAAGCAGAAGUUAAUUGGGAAAUCAAACAGUAGGAAGUCCAAGUCUCCGAUUCCUGGACAGGGGUAUCUGGGAACCGAAAGACCUUCUUCUGUCUCAUCUGUGCAUUCGGAAGGGGACUACCACAGACAGACUCCGGUGUGGGCCUGGGAAGAUCGGCCUUCAUCAACAGGUUCCACGCAGUUUCCUUACAACCCGCUGACGAUGCGGAUGCUCAGCAGUACGCCGCCGACCUCCAUCGCGUGCGCCCCGCCGUCCAUGAGCCAAGCAACCACUCACCAACAGAACAGGAUCUGGGAGCGAGAGCCAGCACCACUGCUUUCAGCACAAUAUGAGACUCUGUCUGACAGUGAUGACUGAACUAUGCAGAUAUUUUUGUUUUGUUUUUUUUAAUUUGCGGGUCAAAACAAAAGAUUUUAUUUUUGACUUGUGCCCAGAGAGACUUUCCAAGAGAGCGAGGGCCACACAAUGAAGAAUUAAUGGAGAGUCUGUUAAAUGCCUUCAGCACGGCUGUGUGUCGGAGGAUUGUGAUCAAGAAGGUUGACUUACUAAAGAUAAAUAUGUAAAAAGUUUUUAAAAAUGUGGACUAUUCCUGUUCUACAUCUAUUUGUAAAGAAAACCAUAAUGUCUUUAAAUCAUUCUUCUGUAAAUAGAGAGUACUUUUUGCAGUGUUUUUUCCCUUGCUAUAGUAUCUGGUGUACUUAUGUUCAAAUCAUUGCCUAAACUUUGGGGGUCAUUUUGUAAUUUUUUUUUAAAGCAUUUUCUCAAUGUAGAGUUACUCCUCAUAACCGUGGCCUCCCUCCCAGCCUCCCCUAACCACACCAAACCUCCCAGCCAGCCCAGCAUCGUUGCCCGUUUAAUGCUGUGCCACUUCUUGCAGGCAUUGUGCUUUCAUAUUUUCUUCCCCAGCCACACUUUCUCAGUGGUGUUCAAGCUCUUGUGAAGAUGUUGAUUUAUUAUUUUUUUUUAAGACUGACCCCGUACUGAACUGUGUACAUGAACAUAGCAGCUCGCUGGAAUAAGAUGAGAUAUUUCUUUGAAUUUUGAAUUCUGCCACAUUGUACAUUUUUGGUGCAGUUGAUUUCAUUUAGCAACACUGCAGAAAUAUUAUUGCAUGGGUAUGUUAUGGUUAAUUUUAAAAAGGAUAAAAAAAAAAAGAGCAGCUUCUGGAGGCUGUACCUCACUGUUCUGCACACUGGGAAUUUCAACUGUGCCCCCAAAGCAAACCGUAGUGUUCUGUGUUUCUGCAUUGUAUGCAGUUGAAAUAGGCUACUAAACCUUACCGUCGUGUUUAACCACAGCAAAUGGUUUUCCUGGACAGAGGCUCUGGGUGGAUUGAUGAUAAGUCCUUCAAGAAGGAAAAACUCUACAUCCCAAGUUGAAAUAAAAACAGAAUGCUUUUAUAGAAUAAUUGA